UUAACUUGAAAAUGGAAUGAGAUAGUGAAUGCACUUUGGGCUGAAAAUAUUAUAAUAAUAAUAAUAAUUCACAAGUGUUGAAUGGCUUACCUUAUCUCAGCAUUUGAAGUAGAACUCACCAAAUCCCCAACUGUCAAAAUGGAGAAAAGCCGUGUAUAUAUACAGGGAGGCCAAUGCUGCAUAGCAACAACAAGGCAAUGGAUCAAACAAAAGGCAAAGUUUGCGUAACUGGGGCUUCUGGGUUUUUGGCUUCUUGGCUCGUUAAGCGCCUUCUCUUGGCUGGCUAUCAAGUAAUUGGAACAGUAAGAGAUGCAGGAAAUGAGAAGAAGUUGGCGCAUUUGUGGAAGCUGGAAGGAGCAAAGGAGAGACUGCAAUUGGUGAGGGCAAAUUUAAUGGAAGAAGGAAGCUUUGAUGAAGCCAUCAAGGGCUGCCAUGGCGUCUUUCACACUGCCUCCCCAGUUGUAAAACCUUCAUUUGAUCCCAAGGCAGAGAUCAUAGAACCAGCUGUGAAGGGGACACUGAAUGUGCUGCGUUCCUGCGCCAAAAACCCAUCUCUUCGGCGUGUGGUUUUGACCUCGUCUUCUUCAACUGUGAGAGCAAGAGAUGAUUUUGACCCCAAAAUCCCUCUUGACGAGUCUUCUUGGAGCUCUGUCGACCUCUGCGAGAAACGCCAGAUAUGGUAUGCUCUAUCAAAAACUCUAGCUGAAAGGGCUGCCUGGGAAUUCUGUGAAGACAAUGGAAUAGAUUUAGUCACAGUUCUACCCUCCUUCGUUAUUGGACCCAGUCUGCCUUCCCAAUUAUGCUCCACUGCAUCUGAUGUCCUUGGCUUACUAAAAGGGGAAACAGAGAAAUUUCAAUGCCAUGGAAGGCUGGGAUAUGUUCACAUAGAUGAUGUUGCGCUUUGCCACAUCCUUGUUUAUGAGCUCAAAAACUGCCAUGGGCGAUACCUCUGUAGCUCAACCGUGGUUGAUAAUAAUGACUUGGCUUCCUUCUUGUCUUCGCGCUAUCCAUGGCUUCCCUUGCCUAAAAGGUUUGUGGAGCUGAACAGACCAUACUACGAGUUCAACACUUCAAAACUGACCAGUUUGGGAUUCAAGUUCAAGUCCAUUGAGGAGAUGUUUGAUGAUUGCAUUGCUUGGUUUGUGCAGCAAGGUUAUAUAGAUGACAAAGCAAAUAUCAUACAGCAAUAAUCAGCACUGAUUUUACUACCGGAACAACGCUUGAAACUGUACUUUACUGUUUAUUCAGUCUGUCAAAUGAAUCGAGUACUACUGGGGAACUCAAUAAACAAAUGAAUGUUCUUUUAAA